GGAGGAAAGGAUAAUAUAAAAAUCGAAUCCCGCAUUACCUUUCCUUUUGCUUAAAAAAGGAUUCUUCUUAUUUCCUCUCCACAUAAUACUCUCUUUUUUGACGUCUCACCUUCUCCAGUCCUCUCCUUAAAUGUAAUUAAUCACCUUAAUCAUCUUCUAAUCUCUUAUCUCUAAUCUUUUUAUUAUCUGCAGUUUCAUUUUGUUUCUGAUUUAUGUAAAUUGAUUGACAUGGAGUCGAUUUCUCCGGUUACGAAUCAAAGCUCUGGUUAUGAUCAAUCACGGCGUAAACGUAAGAAGAAACAACCACAGCAACCACCGUCUCAAUCGUCGGUUGAGAAAUGGAGAUCGGAGAAGCAACAACAGAUCUACUCGACGAACAUCAUUCAAUCUUUAAGAAAACUCCGGAUUAGCUCCGCCGUCAAGCCGCCGUCUCCUCGCGGCGGAGGUAUAGCAGUACGUGACGCUGCUUAUAGAUCAUUAGCGGUUACGGCGAGAGGAAGAACAUUGUGGAGCAGAGCUUUAUUAUCUAAAGCCGUGAAGCUCAAGUUCAGGAAACAGAACCGGAUGAGAAAUUCGAAUUGUGCGAUAACCGGGAAUAAUAAUAACCGGUUAAAGAAAAAACGAGCAACGGUUUUGAGGCUGAAGGGGAAAGGUUUGCCAGCUGUACAGAGGAAGGUGAAAUUGCUUAGCCGGUUAAUUCCCGGUUGCCGGAAACAACCGUUACCUGUGGUUUUAGAAGAGACCACCGAUUAUAUUGUUGCCAUGGAGAUGCAGAUUCGAGCUUUGAAUGCCUUAAUCUCCGCCGUUGCGCCGCCAACGCCACCGUCGGAGACAGGUCAUGAUGGGGAAGAGACACACAUGCUCGGUUAGCUUGGCCCAGCUGUCUCUUUUAUUUUUUCUGAUUUUUUAAAACUUCUUUUGUUUGUUAUCUCAUCAUGGUUUUGUUUUGGAUAUUUAAAUAUUAUUAUGAAUUUUAUGAUUUAACAUUCUACACAUCUUAAUGUAUAUCCAUCUUUUUUUUCUUGAAUCACUCUAGAAACGUAAAACAAGAACGAUGAAGUGAUUUUCUUGAAUUUGAAUGAAAGAAUUUGUAAUGUUUGUGCUGAGGUAAGCUUCGAUUUGUUACGUAACAUUAAUCUGUAUUGUUAUGAAAGUUUGGUUGGUAUUGAAACUGAGGUCUCUUUUUGUUA